CUGACUUGCGUUGACUUUGACUCACUCAAAUUUGUCCAUAACAAUUUGCCCCUAAUUGCUUAAUGUGGGCAGCUAUGUACAUGUAUAGCAAUUAAAACUAUAAAAACAAGAUAAUUCAGAAACAAAAAUCAAAAAAUCAAAACUAACAGAUUUAAAAUAUUGAUUACUCAAGGGCAUAAGCGUCCUUCUGCCUGGCGCACUAACUCGAGAAGUUACUUCAACUUCCUACUUCUUCAAUUAACCGUCAUUUCAAUCCUUUAUUAUUGCUGCACGUUUUCCCACUUCCCCAAAAUUACUGCACUCUUUCUCUCUCUUCUUUCUCUCUUUUCUUCUUUCCUUUACACAAAAGUUUUUGAGCGAAUUCUUAGGCAGUGAACAGCAGCGGUCCUUCGAUUCUAGAUCCCAGCAACUUCAAUUGACAGGUAAUUUCUUCAAUUCUCUAUUUACUUAAUUAAUUUCGGCGAAUGUCAAGUAGUAUUCCUAAAGCUAGGUCUAGGUUUUCACUUCAAGUUGUUGAGAAGAGGGGAACAAUUGUUUCACAGAGGAGAACGAUGACUAGGUCGGAGUCUCUGAUGACGCCAGACAUGAUGGAGGGCUUCAUAAAAAUGGCAGGAUUUCCUGAAACCGCUUUUUCCCACGUUCCAGGCAAGGGUAUGAAAGUGGAGAACUGCCCAAAAGGGUUUGUCGUUUUCCUUAGAUAUCCAUUCUUGGAGACAGGGGCGGUGUUUCCGUUUAAGCCUUUAACCAAAUCUUUUUUCGAUGUGCUUGGGUUAAGCCCUGGGCAGUUGAUGCCGUCUAGUUGAAGGAUUUUGUCGGUUUUAGCGGAAAUUACCAAGGAUUGGGAGGAGUCCUUUACUUUGGAAGAUCUGGUUGAAGCUUAUGAUAUUAAGAUGAGGAAGGAUUGUUUUGUGAGUUUACACAAGAGGGGUAAACCGUUGGUUUUGAACACUAAUUGCAAUGAUAGGGGUUGGGCUCAGUACUUCGUUUUCGUCAAGAAGACGUCACUUGGUACUGACGGAACGUGGUUGACGGAGGGUAGGCUAGAUAAGGAUCUUAAUCUCGAUUUUCUCGAGCCGACGGAGAGAUCGUCGUCGAAGAUAAAGCGGAUUUUUGAGGCGGGGCACGCGAAAAGGACUUUCGAAAGGACGAGACACACUCUAGGUGAAUCGUCGGGUCAGACACACAAGGAAUUACUAAGCACCUCUCAGAGAGUCGGGGAUUCUGAGGAAACAAUGUCUGAUGGGUUUGCAGCGCAGGGUGGUCAUCGAGGAAGAAACACAUCCCAGGCCGAGAAGGACGCUAGGAUGAGGAGGAAACGUGGGUUGGUGCCUCAGGAGGCGUUGCCGUCGUUGGCAGUGGAUCGGACGGAGCAACUUCGUACUAUGUCGCCGUAGAAAGUUGGUGGUACAGUUGUUGCGAUUCACGUGGCGUCGUCUUCCCCGCAUAAACAACAGAAGAUACACGAUGAUCCAGUGUCUCAAGACAUAGAGAUGCGUUUUCCUGCUGAUUUUCUUAGUCUUACCAAGGAGACCCAUCAGCCUCUUUUCCCACAACUAAACCAAUUAUUGUUUCCAGGUUCCUGAGAUCACUAGGCCGGGACUUCUACUUUGGACAUUACAUCAGAGGCUGCUUCCUUUCAUCUCUAUACAGUGUUUGCAAAAUUCUCAAGUUUUGAGGGAUAGGGUGAUCGGGUUGGCUAAAGAGAUGAAGAGGUUAGAUAAUGUUGCGAAGAAUAAUGAGGCUAAGAUGAAGACUACAACGAGGCAAUUCUUGACUGUGAAGAAAGAGUUUGACGAAGCGUCUAAGAAGGUGAACGAACUAGAGAGCCGUCUAGAGGAGCAGUCAAAAAAGAUGGAAGAGCAAGCCCAACGGCUGAAGGACUAAGCCAAGCAAUGGAAAGAGCAAGCCCAGCAAUUGGAUGACAAGGCUGUGACUAUCCAGGAUUGAGAUGAGGCAUUGUCGAAGGUGAAUGGAGAGUUGUCGUCAGCCAAGAAGGAACUGGACGACGCUUUGGAUGAGAGUGCUUAAUUAGAAAUCAAGCUAAGGGCUCAGCUGAUGAAGGAGUACCUGGAUGGAAAGGCUACGGAAUGACGUCCCCAGGAAGACAACAAUCACUUUUUGGCCAACGGAGGAGGGACUUUUGCCGAGCUGGGAGAAGAUGCUGCCAUGGUUUCGACUGCGGAUUCGAGACCCCAUCCGUCAAACAUUGUUCCUCCGUCCACCGACGAUGCUGAAGCGCAACCGACAGUUGGUGAAGGCGUUGGAGAUAAUACUCAUGCCGACGAGAUCGUCAAGGAUGUUGUUGAGGAUGUUGUCGAGGAUGUAGUCAAGGAGCUGAACACUGGUGAUAAUGCUGCUGAAGAUGCUGAUGUUUGAAGCUAUUGCUUGUGAUGGUUUCUCUUCCUUUUGCUAUGUAUUUCUGUUUCGUACUCUGACAUUUUAUCUUUUUGGUCGGAUAUUUUCCCGUUGUGGUUUUGAAUUUUCUUGUUUCGGAUUUCA